CUCGGGGCGCUGAGGCGGCUUCGGGGAGUUGUCCAACAUGGAGGAGGCACCGGCUGCGGGCGUCACCUGUGAGCGGGACUAACACCCGCCUGGCGUUCCGGGCAGCGGUGCCGGGUCCCGAGCCCUGGGACUCCGCCGCCUGCACGCCCCACGGCGGACCCCGGCUCCGGUUGCUCCUCGGGCCGCGGGGUUCCCGACGGGGACGCAGCGCAAGGAGGGAGCGCGGCGGCCCCGAGUCCCCCUGAGCCAUGGGCAACGAGGCGAGCUUGGAAGGGGAAGGGCUCCCGGAAGGGCUGGCGGCGGCGGCGGCGGCGGCAGCAGCCGGAGGAGGGGCUGGCGGGGCGGGGAGCUCCUUGCACACCGUGAUCCCGGCCGGCAUGGAGGCGGAUCUGAGCCAGCUGAGCGAAGAGGAGAGGAGACAGAUCGCCGCUGUCAUGUCAAGGGCGCAGGGGCUGCCCAAGGGAAGCGUCCCCCCGGCCGCUGCGGAGCCGCCUUCCAUGCACAGGAAGCAAGAGUUGGAGAGUAGUCAUCCUCCAAAGCAACCCGGAAAACCGCCGGACCCUGGGCGUUCAGCUCAGCCUGGUCUCAGUAAAAGUAGAACUACAGACACUUUGAGGUCAGAGCAGAAGUCGCCUGGAAGGAGUCCUUCCACUAUUAGCUUGAAAGAAUCAAAGUCCAGAACUGAUUUGAAGGAAGAGCACAAGUCUAGUAUGAUGCCUGGCUUCCUCUCAGAGGUUAACCCUUUAAGUGCUGUCUCCUCUGUUGUAAAUAAAUUCAAUCCUUUUGAUUUGAUAUCAGACUCUGAUGCAUCCCAGGAAGAAACUGCCAAGAAACAAAAAAUAGCUCAGAAAGAACCAGGCAAACCUGAAGGAAUCACAAAGGCUCCAUCACAACAAUCACCUAAGCCAGGUCCAAAGCAGCAGGGACCUGUGAGGGUCCCACCACAGCAGGAUGGCUCUCCCAAAUCAGGAUCUUCUCAGCAACCGGAAAAGAUGAAAUCACAGCCCCCAGGGACAGGCAAGCCAGUUCAGGGGCUUACCCAGGCACCUCAGACAGACCAGGCACAGUUGCCACUUCAGAGAGAUGCAGCCAGGCCUCAGACUAAACAGUCCGACGCUGUAAGGGGAGAAUCAGUUAAACCCUCAGUGCAAAGCCCAACCAAACCAUCUAUUCAGCAAGCAAGUCCUGGAAAACCUCCAGCCCAGCAACCUGGACCUGAAAAAGUUGCCACACCACACCCUGGGCCUGCAAAGCCCUCAGCUCAGCAACCAGGGCCAACAAAGGCCUUAGCUCAACAGCCAGGGACAGCAAAGCCCCCAGUCCAGCCACCAGGGACAACAAAGCCUGCUGCUCAGCAGCCUGGGCCAAAGUCUUCAGCUCAGCCUCUUGGGCCUGCGAAGCCUCAAGCUCAACAGGCUGGGUCAGAGAAACUUCCAUCUCAGCAGCCAGGGCCAGCAAAGCCCCCAACCCAGCAGCCAGGGCCAGCAAAAUCCCAAGCUCACCAACCUGGGCCACAGUCCCCAGCUCAGCCACCUGGGCCUGCAAAAGCUCCUUCUCAGCAGGCUGGGCCAACAAAGUCUCCGGCUCAGCAGCCUGGGCCAGGAAAAACUCCACCUCAACCGCCUGGCCCAGCAAAACCCCCUCCUCAGCAGCCUGGCCCAGCAAAACCCCCUCCUCAGCAGCCUGGCCCAGCAAAACCCCCUCCUCAGCAGCCUGGCCCUACAAAGCCCCCAACUCAGCAGCCUGGCCCAGCCCAGCCCCCUCCUCAACAGCCUGGUUCUGCACAGCCCCCUCCUCAGCAGCCUGGCUCUGCAAAGCCUUCACCUCAGCAGCCUGGUUCAGCAAAACCCGCUCCUCAACAGCCUGGCCCAGCAAAGCCUUCAGCUCAGCAAUCUCCAAAACCAGUAAGCCAAACAGGAGCUGGGAAACCUCUGCAUCCAUCGACUUCUCCAUCUGCAGCACAGACUCCAGUACAAGGCCUCCCUAAAACCAUCUGUCCUCUUUGCAAUACCACUGAACUUCUGUUGCAUGUUCCAGAAAAGGCCAAUUUUAACACAUGCACUGAGUGUCAAACCACUGUAUGUAGCCUCUGUGGUUUUAAUCCCAAUCCUCAUUUAACCGAGAUAAAAGAGUGGCUCUGUUUAAACUGUCAGAUGAGGAGAGCUCUAGGAGGUGAUCUGGCUCCAGUCCCAUCAUCCCCUCAGCCCAAACCGAAGACUGCCCCCGUUACUCCUGCAUCCGCAGUGAGCAAACCAUCCCCGCAGCCACAGCCGACUUCUCCAAAGAAGGAUACUGUACCCAAACAGGAUAUCUCAAAGGCCCCCGAGUCUAAGAAGCCCCCACCACUAGUGAAACAACCAACCAUUCACGGAUCUCCCCCACUGGCAGCCAAGCAGCCUCCUGUGGCCGAGUCCUCAUCCAAGCCUGCCCCUCCCAAAGAGCCUUCGGUCCCGUCUGAGCAGGCCAAGGUCCCCAUGGCUGAGGAUAAACCAAAGCAACCCAAGACGGUGAAACCAGCCACAGACAUUGUGUCUUCGUCGUCGAUAGCAGCAAAACCUGAUAUUCCAAGCUCCAAAGUACAGUCAGAGGAUCAAGAGAGAAUAGCCCCUCCUCUGAAAACAGAUGCUGCCAAACCCUCACAGAGUUUUCCACCAACAGGAGAAAAAGUCACCCCCGUCGAUUCUAAAGUCAUACCCCGACCUGCAUCAGAUUCCAAAAUUAUUUCACAUCCUGGGCCUAGUUCAGAGAGCAAAGGUCAAAAGCAAGUUGAUCCAGUUCAAAAGAGGGAAGAACCCAAGAAAGCACAAACCAAAAUGACUCCUAAGCCAGAUGCCAAGGCAAUGCCAAAGGGGUCACCUCCGCCCCCAGGCCCACGACCUACCACUGGCCAAACUGCCCCCACAUCUCAGCAGCCCCCAAAGCCUCAGGAGCAGUCAAGACGCUUCAGUCUGAAUCUGGGAAGUAUUACUGAUGCCCCCAAAUCACAGCCCACGACGCCUCAAGAAACUGUGACUGGAAAACUCUUUGGGUUUGGAGCAUCGAUCUUCAGCCAGGCAUCAAAUUUAAUCUCCACAGCAGGCCAGCCUGGGUCUCAGUCUCAGAGUGGGCCUGGGGCCCCAACGAAACAAGGCCCUCCUCCGCCACAGCCACCUCCUCAGGGACCACCCAAAUCCACGGGUCAGGUGCCAGCAGCACCUGCAAAGGUUAUCCCUGUGAAAAAAGAAACAAAAGCUCCAGGGGCUGAAAAAUUAGAGCCCAAAGCUGAAGGAGUUCCAACCGUAAAAAGAACAGAAACAGAAAAGAAGCCUCUGCCUGUUAAGGAUAGCAAAGCUUCAGCAGCGGAGCCUCAGAAGGCUGUCAUUCCCCCCAAGUUGGAGAAAACCCCCAAACCAGAAUCGACCUGUCGUCUCUGCAAAACUGAACUCAACGUAGGUUCUCAGGAUCCUCCUAACUUCAGUACUUGCACUGAAUGCAAGAAUCAAGUGUGUAAUCUCUGUGGAUUUAACCCUACACCGCACUUGACUGAGAUUCAAGAAUGGCUUUGUUUAAAUUGCCAAACCCAGAGAGCAAUAUCAGGACAGCUUGGAGAUAUGGGCAAAAUGCCACCUACACCUUCAGGACCCAAAGCCUCUCCUAUACCUGUCCCUCCAGAGCAACCAUCUCAGAAAACAGCAAUGCCUACCCAAGUAAAAAUGAAGAAGAAGGAACAAGAAGUAAAAACAGAAGCUGAGCAAGUCAUUCCAGAAAAAGUGAAAGAAAUACCAUCAGUUGAAAAGAUUGUCCCAAAGGUGACCACAAAUCACAAACAGGAGAGUCAACUAGAGGAAGACAAAACUUCAGCCCCUCAAGAAAAAAAGCCACCCCCUGAAGACAAAAAGCCACUCCCAGAAGAAAAAAUGCCACCUCUUGAAGAAAAAAAACCAACUUCUGAAGACAAAAAGCCAGCCCCUGAAGACAAAAAGUUACCUGCAGCAACAAAACCAUCAGCUCUAGAGGCGGAACAGAAACAAGACUUACUUAAAACUCAAGUACCAACCACUGAAGAAGAGCCGGAAGGCAGAGUGGCUCCUCAGGUGGUACAGGAGAAACCGCCACAGACCAAGAUGGAGGCUGCACCCUCUGGCCUGCCUCCAAGUUUGCCCAAGGAAGAUGAUGAGGCGACUCAAAAGAUGAAAGGACAGCAACAAGUGGCACGCACAGCAAAGCCUGAACCUGGGAGAGAAAAAACAGAAAAGGAAGAUGACAAAUCAGACACCUCAAGUUCUCAACAACCAAAAAGCCCACAAGGUCUGAGUGACACAGGAUAUUCUUCUGAUGGGAUAUCAAGUUCACUUGGUGAAAUUCCAAGUCUUAUUCCAAGUGAUGAAAAAGAUUUGCUCAAGGGACUCAAAAAAGACUCUUUUUCACAAGAAAGCAGCCCUUCCAGCCCCUCAGAUUUGGCUAAGUUAGAAAGUACCGUUCUAUCCAUUUUGGAAGCUCAGGCAAAUACACUUGUUGAAGAAAAGGCAGAAAAGAAAACCCAACCUCAUGAGGUUUCUUCUGAACCACCUAAGGACGAACCGAAAACUCAGAGUUUAUCUGAAACCCUAGAAACUACAAUUGCAGAAGAGGAGCUCACAAAGAGUCAAGAAGAAAAGGACACUUUAAAAAAAGAUAGCCAACAAGAUGUUCCUUCCAGAAAGGACCAUGAAGAAAAGCCUGAGUUUGUUGAUGACACAGCUACCAGAAGACAGCCUUAUGAUUCAGUUGAAGACAGUAGUGAAAGUGAGAACUCACCUGUUCCACAAAGAAAACGGAGAACUAGUGUUGGUUCAUCAAGCAGUGAUGAGUAUAAACAAGAAGAUAGUCAAGGAUCAGGUGAAGAGGAGGACUUUAUUCGAAAACAAAUUAUAGAAAUGAGUGCUGAUGAAGAUGCUUCAGGUUCUGAAGAUGAUGAGUUCAUUAGGAGCCAGCUCAAAGAGAUUAGUAGUAGUAUUGAGAGCCAGAAGAAGGAAGAAACAAAAGGGAAAGGGAAAGCGACAGCAGGGAAACACAGGCGACUAACUCGGAAAAGCAGUGCAAGUUUUGAUGAUGAUGCAGGGAGACGCCAUUCGUGGCAUGACGAAGAUGAUGAGACAUUUGAUGAAAGCCCUGAGCUUAAGUACAGAGAGACUAAAAGUCAGGAGAGUGAAGAACUUAUAAUUGCUGGAGGAGGGGGGCUACGUCGAUUCAAAACAAUUGAACUCAACAGCACGAUAGCAGAUAAAUAUUCUGCAGAGUCCUCACAGAAAAAAACAGCUCUGUAUUUUGAUGAGGAGCCAGAAUUAGAAAUGGAAAGCCUGACAGACUCUCCAGAAGAUAGGUCAAGGGGGGAAGGAUCUUCUAGUCUUCAUGCUUCCAGCUUCACUCCAGGCACAUCCCCUACAUCAGUGUCAUCACUUGAUGAGGACAGUGACAGUAGCCCGAGUCACAAAAAAGGAGAGAGCAAGCAGCAACGUAAAGCUCGGCACAGGUCACAUGGUCCUCUUUUACCUACUAUUGAAGAUUCUUCAGAGGAAGAAGAAUUGAGAGAAGAAGAAGAAUUAUUAAAGGAGCAAGAAAAGCAGCGGGAAUUGGAGCAGCAACAAAGAAAGACUUCUAGUAAGAAAUCAAAGAAAGACAAAGAUGAACUUCGAGCUCAGAGAAGGAGGGAAAGACCAAAGACACCACCGAGUAAUCUCUCUCCCAUUGAAGAUGCAUCUCCAACAGAAGAAUUACGUCAGGCUGCAGAAAUGGAGGAGCUCCAUCGAUCUUCUUGUUCUGAAUACUCACCUAGCAUAGAGUCAGACCCAGAAGGUUUUGAAAUAAGCCCAGAAAAAAUAAUAGAAGUGCAAAAAGUUUAUAAAUUGCCCACAGCUGUGUCUUUGUACUCACCAACAGAUGAGCAGUCUAUUGUGCAGAAAGAAGGUGGCCAAAAGGCAUUAAAAAGUGCCGAGGAGAUGUAUGAAGAAAUGAUGCAUAAAACCCUCAAAUAUAAAGCUUUUCCAGCUGCAACUGAACGAGAUGAAAUGUUUGAAAAAGAGCCUUUGUAUGGUGGGAUGUUAAUAGAGGAUUAUAUUUAUGAAUCUCUAGUAGAGGACACAUACAAUGGUUCGGUAGAUGGCAGUCUGCUAACAAGGCAAGAAGAUGAAAAUGGUUUUAUGCAGCAGAGAGGGAAAGAGCAAAAAAUAAGAAUUCCAGAACAGAUUUAUGAAGAUCCUAUGCAAAAAAUAACAGACCUCCAGAAAGAGUUUUAUGAGUUAGAAAGCUUACAUUCUGUUGUGCCUCAAGAAGACAUCGUUUCAAGCUCUUAUAUCAUCCCAGAAAGCCAUGAGAUAGUGGAUCUGGGUAGUAUGGUAACUUCUACCAGUGAAGAAAAAAAAUUAUUAGAUGCCGAUGCUGCCUAUGAAGAACUCAUGAAGAAGCAGCAGAUGCAGUUAACACCUGGAGCCAGUCCAACCCAGCCCCACAUCGGGCUUGAUAUGACAGAGUCUACUGUGGAAUUUGACAGGGUGCCUGAUGCAUCUCUGACAUCAAGUGUUCUCUCAGGAGCAUCUCUUACAGAUUCGACCAGCAGUACAACGCUCUCUAUCCCCGAUGUCAAAAUAACCCAACAUUUUUCAACAGAAGAAAUUGAGGAUGAAUAUGUAACUGAUUAUACGAGGGAAAUUCAAGAAAUAAUUGCCCACGAGUCACUGAUUUUGACCUACUCUGAGCCUUCAGAAAGUGCUACAUCUGUCCCACCCUCUGACACACCCUCUCUCACGUCAUCUGUUUCUUCAGUUUGUACCACAGAUAGCUCCUCACCCGUUACUACCUUGGAGGGCAUAACCACAGUUUAUACGGAGCCAGUGGACAUAGUAACUAAGUUUGAAGAUUCUGAGGAGAUUUCUUCAUCAACGUAUUUUCCAGGCAGUGUUAUAGACUAUCCAGAAGAAAUAAGUAUCUCUUUCGAUCGGACUGCCGUACCAGAUGGAAGAACCAGUGCUGAACAUAUUGUGAUUUCUUUAUCUGAUAUGGAACCUCCUAGCAUAGAAUCUGUAGGAGCUAAACCUGAGGGACUCAUUGCCGGCACUAUUUCCACUGACUCAUCUCCAUCUGAAAAAGACCCAAUGAAGAAAGCCAAGAGGGACACAGGGAAUGGAAUUAUUCUUGAGGUUUUGGAAGCUUACAGAGAUAAAAGGGAAAAGUCUGAGGUUGAACUAACAAAAAUGGGCUUAUCUGAAACUGUGUUUGAUCACCUUCCUUCUUCUGCUAUUGCCAUGGAGGAGCAGGUUCUAGCAACAUGCUUUCUGUCUGGACAGGUCUUUGAUCAAGCAAAACCUGCAUCACAGUUACCAUCUGGCCGUCCUUCUGUUACCCCUCUACCAACUAAAACUCGUCCAUUCUUCAGAAGUUCUUCUUUGGAUGCAUCAGUAUUAAUGCAUCACCAGGCCAAAGUGAAACCAGACAAUCCUUGGUGUUUCUCGGAAAAUACAAAAGGUUCUCAAACCAUGACACCCUCUGGCACCCAGAAAAAAGUUAAGAGAACUCUGCCAAACCCACCCCCUGAGGAGACCUCCACAGGCACUCAGUCAACAUAUAGCACAGUGGGCACAGUUUCCAGGAGGAGGAUCUGCAGAACCAACACAAUGGCACGAGCCAAGAUUCUCCAGGAUAUAGACAGAGAGCUUGAUCUUGUAGAGAGGGAAUCUGCAAAGCUGAGAAAGAAACAAGCAGAACUUGAUGAGGAAGAAAAGGAGAUUGAUGCCAAGUUACGGUACCUGGAAAUGGGAAUUAACAGGAGGAAGGAGGCAUUAUUAAAGGAGAGAGAAAAGAGAGAGCGAGCCUACCUCCAGGGAGUAGCUGAGGAUCGGGAUUACAUGUCUGACAGUGAAGUGAGCAGCACCCGACCAACCCGAAUAGAAAGUCAGCAUGGCAUAGAGCGACCAAGAACGGCUCCCCAAACUGAAUUCAGCCAGUUUAUACCACCGCAAACCCAAACAGAAUCUCAACUAGUUCCUCCUACAAGUCCUUAUACACAAUACCAAUAUUCUUCCCCAGCUCUUCCUACCCAAGCACCUACCCCAUACACCCAACAGUCCCAUUUUCAGCAACAGACUUUGUACCAUCAGCAAGUUUCACCUUAUCAGACUCAACCAACAUUUCAGGCUGUUGCAACAAUGUCCUUCACACCUCAAGCUCAACCUACACCAACCCCACAACCUUCUUACCAGUUACCAUCACAGAUGAUGGUGAUACAACAAAAGCCACGGCAAACUACAUUAUAUUUGGAGCCCAAGAUAACUUCAAACUAUGAGGUGAUUCGCAACCAACCCCUGAUGAUAGCACCUGUUUCUACUGAUAAUACAUAUGCUGUUUCUCAUCUUGGGAGUAAGUACAAUAGCUUAGACUUGAGAAUAGGAUUGGAGGAAAGAAGUAGCAUGGCAAGCAGUCCAAUAUCAAGCAUAUCUGCAGAUUCUUUCUAUGCGGAUAUUGACCAUCAUACUCCACGAAAUUAUGUCCUAAUUGAUGACAUUGGAGAGAUUACCAAAGGAACAGCAGCACUAAGCACUGCAUUUAGCCUUCAUGAAAAGGAUCUGUCAAAAACAGAUCAUCUCCUUCGAUCCACUGAAACACGUAGGUCUCAAGAAGUGACGGAUUUCCUAGCACCUUUACAGACUUCCUCCCGAUUGCAUAGUUAUGUGAAAGCAGAGGAAGAUCCCAUGGAAGAUCCCUACGAGUUAAAGCUUCUGAAACAUCAGAUUAAACAAGAAUUCCGUAGAGGGGCAGAGAGCUUAGAUCACCUUGCUGGGCUUUCCCAUUAUUACCAUGCUGAUGUGGGCUAUAGACAUUUUCCAAAAUCAGAAAAGUACAGCAUUAGUAGACUCACACUUGAAAAACAAGCAGCAAAACAACUACCAGCAGCCAUACUUUAUCAAAAGCAAUCAAAACAUAAGAAGUCACUAAUUGAUCCUAAAAUGUCAAAAUUUUCACCCAUUCAAGAAAGUAGAGAUCUCGAACCUGAUUAUUCAAGCUAUAUGACUUCUAGCACUUCAUCUCUUGGUGGCAUUUCCUCCAGAGCAAGGCUUCUUCAAGAUGACAUCACUUUUGGCCUCAGAAAAAAUAUUACAGACCAACAGAAAUUUAUGGGGUCAUCUCUUAGCACAGGGCUGGGCACAUUAGGAAAUACCCUAAGGUCGGCUUUGCAGGAUGAAGCAGAUAAGCCAUAUAGUAGUGGCAGCAGGUCCAGACCUUCUUCCAGACCUUCUUCUGUCUAUGGCCUUGACUUAUCAAUUAAAAGAGAUUCUUCCAGCUCUUCCCUAAGACUGAAAGCUCAAGAGGCUGAAGCUCUAGAUGUUUCCUUUAGUCAUGCAUCACCUUCUGGCAGAACUAAGCCGACCAGCUUACCAAUUAGCCAGAGUAGAGGAAGAAUACCAAUUGUGGCCCAAAAUUCUGAAGAAGAAAGUCCACUCAGUCCCGUUGGCCAGCCAAUGGGAAUGGCCAGGGCUGCAGCUGGACCCCUCCCACCAAUAUCUGCAGACACCAGGGAUCAGUUUGGAUCAAGUCACUCAUUGCCUGAAGUUCAGCAACACAUGAGAGAAGAAUCACGAACUCGAGGCUAUGACCGUGACAUAGCGUUCAUCAUGGAUGACUUCCAACAUGCCAUGUCAGACAGUGAAGGUAAAUUGGGCCUCACACUACCUUGUUACUCUCAAAACUCAAACUCUUGUUUUUCUGCAUGUUUAAUUUUCCUUCUCCAAGGAUGUAUUCUACUUUUCUUAGUGCGUCUUUUGCAUGUUUACUUCAGUUUUAUUUCUUGUAAAUGGAAAUUUGAUCUUGUGUAUAGAUUUCCUAGCAUGCUUUUCUUUAUUUCUCUUUACUCACUUGAGAUUAUACAGAUGAAUGGGAAGACUAUGCACUACAUCUUUCCUCAUGCAAGGAUAAAAAUAACAAGAGACUCGAAGGAUCACACAGUUUCAGGUAAUGGAUUAGGAAUUAGAAUUGUGGGUGGUAAAGAAAUCCCUGGACAUAAUGGAGAAAUUGGAGCCUAUAUUGCCAAAAUUCUUCCUGGAGGAAGUGCAGAACAGACAGGGAAACUUAUAGAAGGGAUGCAAGUAUUGGAAUGGAAUGGAAUUCCUUUAACUUCUAAAACGUAUGAAGAAGUGCAGAGUAUCAUUAGUCAGCAAAGUGGGGAAGCAGAAAUAUGUGUAAGACUGGACCUCAAUAUGCUCUCAGACUCUGAAAAUCCCCAGCACCUGGAACUUCACGAGCCACCAAAAGCCGUGGAUAAAGCGAAAUCCCCAGGGGUUGACCCUAAACAGUUGGCAGCAGAGCUCCAGAAGGUUUCGUUGCAACAGUCUCCACUGAUUGUGUCGUCCGUUGUGGAGAAAGGAUCUCACGUUCAUUCAGGUCCUACAUCAGCGGGAUCCAGUUCCGUUCCCAGCCCCGGGCAACCAGGGUCCCCCUCCGUGAGCAAAAAGAAACACAGCAGCAGCAAGCCUACUGAUGCAACAAAGGUUGUCUCUCAUCCGAUUACGGGGGAAAUUCAGCUUCAAAUCAACUAUGAUCUUGGAAAUCUCAUAAUCCAUAUUCUCCAAGCAAGAAACCUUGUCCCUCGAGACAACAAUGGUUACUCAGACCCCUUUGUGAAAGUGUACCUUCUUCCUGGGAGAGGUCAAGUCAUGGUUGUCCAGAAUGCAAGUGCUGAGUACAAGAGGAGGACUAAAUAUGUUCAAAAAAGUCUUAAUCCUGAGUGGAAUCAAACAGUAAUUUAUAAAAGUAUCUCCAUGGAACAGCUCAAGAAGAAAACACUGGAGGUGACAGUCUGGGAUUAUGAUAGAUUUUCUUCCAAUGACUUUCUUGGUGAGGUAUUGAUUGAUUUAUCUAGCACAUCUCAUCUCGAUAACACUCCAAGAUGGUAUUCUCUCAAAGAACAGACUGAAAGUAUUGAUCAUGGCAAGGCUCAUUCCAGCCAGGGCAGCCAACAGUCUCCAAAACCAUCUGUCAUCAAAAGCAGAAGCCAUGGUAUCUUCCCUGACCCAUCCAAGGACAUGCAGGUUCCCACCAUUGAGAAAUCCCACAGUAGUCCCGGUAGCUCGAAAUCCUCCUCCGAAGGCCACCUGCGCUCUCACGGACCGUCGCGCAGUCAGAGCAAAACCAGCGUCACCCAGAGCCACCUGGAAGAUGCAGGGGCUGCCAUAGCUGCUGCCGAAGCGACAGUGCAGCAGCUCCGCCUGCAACCAACAGCACAUAAAAGCGGUCAGUCUAAUCAUGCCAGGAAGCAGCACAGACACAGCAUAGCGGGCGUCCUCCCCAUUCAGAGAACUCAGUCUGAUAAUCUGCCUCCACCAGCCAAUGGCAACCAAGACCAAAGCCAGCUAGCCCUCAGGAAGGUGGUGUCUGAUGGACCAGUCAAGCCAGAAGGAGCGAAGCCUGCCAAUCACCGGCCUGCAGAAAGUUCCGUGUCCACCGGCUCCUCCGGCAGCGGGUAUAGCGUGGACAGUGAAGGAAGCAGCAACACUGCAGGGGAGACCAAUCUAUUUCCUAUUCCACGGAUAGGGAAGAUGGGGCAGAAUGGGCAAGAACCUGUAAAACAGCCAGGAGUAGGAGUGGGACUAGCAGACCCGGAAGUCAAAACUCAGGUAAUGGGCGAAAUCAAGAUUGCACUGAAGAAGGAAAUGAAGACAGAUGGUGAACAACUAAUAGUUGAGAUUCUCCAGUGCAGAAAUAUCACCUACAAAUUUAAAUCUCCCGAUCACUUACCAGAUUUAUAUGUAAAAAUAUAUGUGAUGAACAUCUCUACCCAGAAAAAGGUGAUCAAGAAAAAAACAAGAGUAUGCCGACAUGAUAGAGAGCCCUCAUUCAAUGAAACUUUUAGAUUCAGCCUCAGUCCUGCUGGACAUUCUCUUCAGAUUUUACUUUUCUCUAAUGGAGGGAAGUUUAUGAAAAAGACCUUGAUUGGCGAAGCCUGUAUCUGGCUUGACAAAGUGGAUCUCAGAAAAAGAAUAGUCAACUGGCACAAACUUUUGGUCAGUCCUACACAAACCCACUGAAGAAAUGUGUCUGCUCAGGGUAUAGAAACUGCUCUAAAUAAUUUCAAAUCAAGACUAGAGUUGGAUACUAUUCUACAAUGUUUUUAAAGGGGUAAACGUGAGAGGAGGAACAACAGGCAAACACAUACUUAAAGCUUCGUGAAUGUUUUGUUGUGGAACACAGAAAAAAACUCAAAUGAAGAAGUUCAUAUAUUGGAGACCAAAAAAAAAAAAAAAAAAGAGCUUUGAGUCCUUGGAUUGCUUCAAGAAAAACAGCGAGAGCUAUUUUGAUUACUUAAUGCACAAACCUUUGAGCAGAGUUGAACUAUAGCUAAAGGCAGCUGCUCAAAUAUUAAUAUGGUUCCUCAUGCAAGACAAAGUUGAUCAUUUAUGCAAGACAGCCUUGCCUGAAAGGAAAGAAGUGAUGUAACAAGUCUCAGUUUUCAGGAGUCUAAAGAUCUUUCUUCUUCAUCUUCUUCUCUCAGACGACUUACUGUUUUUAGAUUGUGACAUAGGAUACAACUACAGUAUGCGUUCAAGACUAGAACUGAGGUGGUUGUGUUCAGAGGGAAAGGGUACUGGAGAUGGAGAAAUUAUGGCUUUUAGGUUUUCUCUCUGUCUAGAUGUUAUAAGCGUGAGCAUCGCCAACUUUGGAAUUCAUGUCCUACAAGCACAUUUGUAUAAUAUGAAAUGAUGUAGAGCGAAGAUAAUACUAAAUGGAAAUGGAAUUACAUUUAUCUAGAAAUAAAGCCAUGAUUGGCUUGCACUGAAUGUUGCCCCAAAAAAUAUUGGACCCUUGGUUGAAAACAUCAAAAUUUCCUUAAGUGACCAUUAAGCCAAUACAUUUUCAAUGUACAUACCAAAGAACAUAGAUUAAAAUGGUAUGUUCCAGGAAGCCUGAUAAGUUGUUCUUUGUGGAAUUGCAAAUAAAUGUUAUUCCACAUAUUUCAUUUCUCUUGAGUGGGGUAUUGAAAGAAAGAAAAUUCUUUCUCUGGCAAACAAAUUAUAUUAAUCCCUGACAUGGAUUAAUUCACUUGGUGUCAUUUCCUGCUCUUCCAUAAUGCUUUUUUUGUCCUUAGCGCAUUAACUGAUUGUAUAAUGAAAACCCUGACACCAGACUCAAGUUCUUCCUAGUGCUCCAUUUUUCUCUGUUAGUGACAAUAUUGCAGUGAUCAAGGUCAUCAAUAUUGAGAAAAUAGGUGAAAAGUCAACAUUAUAUUGAGAUUAUAUUAACCUGAGCUAUUUUAUUAAUACGGAAUAAAAGGACCAAUGUCCAAGUCAUUGAAAUGAAGCAUCCUCUUCUCCAUCGACCAACACUAUAGACAAAGGCAGUAGAAUGGAGUUGUAGGAAAUGCACUCAGCUGGGAUAAAAAGCUUGGCUUCUGUCUUGGUCCUGCCACUGACUAACUGUGUCACCUUGCACAUGUCACUUAAAGUCACUUUCCCUCAGUUUCUUAUUUGUAGGAUAAAAAUAAUUACAUAUUCCUACCCUUCCUAAUGGGAUGUUGGGAUGAUCAAGCCAAGUGAACUGUGAGGAAAAAAAGAAAGCACAUUUUCAGAUAUAGUUUUAUACAUAAAGUGAGGAAUAAUUACUAUGCAGCUCUUUAUUUCUCAAAUUUUAUAUGCAAGAACAUCCUCCAUACCGACGGUAGACAUUGACUUGGAUAAGAGUAGUGUAUUCACUCCAAAACUAAUGGUUUUUCUUUAAAAUACAAACUUGCAUUGAACCUGAGAAAAGGUGAAGAAUUAAAUCGAAAUGAUUUUCAAAUUGGGUUAUUAUAAAUGAAAUGAAUCAUACCAAUCUUACACUAUUCGCAUAUCCUCUGCCAAAAUAAAUUGCGCCCCAGAGCAUUCUGAGUUUAAAAGCUGCUUCUUCAUUCAAAGAUGAGGUUUUAGUGGGUUUUGAGAAAUCACCUCCAAAUAUGUUGGUUGGAUAUGGAAUUUUCUCACUUUUAAAGAAAAACAUAAUUUAAAUUUGAGAGGAAUUGAUUAAAUGUAAAACAUUAAAAAUAAAACAAUCUCUAAUAAAUUCCAGGCUAUAUAUCUUUAUUACAUUCAUAAAGAAAUACACAUGCACUCUUCCCCAAUCCAAGGAGAAAGCAGUUCCUUUCCUUCCCUCUAUUUUUUUACCUGUCCUCCCUGAUAAUGCAGUGUCCUUCACCACUGAUACUGCUCUACAACAAGCAUGAGGGAAGGGAUUGCUGGAGACUUGAUCCUGCUAGGAUUUUAUUUUUAGAGACAUCUAGAUCUGCUGAUGGUUGCUAUGGAUAUUUCCAGCAGAAGUGAGCACUUUAGGGAGCUUGUAAUCAUCACUCAUCGUUGGGAAAGGAAAGGCUUCGGAAGAUCUCUUUCUGAACAAAAAAGGUUCUGCUAUUUGCCCUUCAAAGGAAACUCUAGCUCACCUUAGGCCCUCUUCUGCAACCACGUACAUCCAGGGGUAUGGAUGAGAGGUUGUAUGACCAGUAAGUUUGACUUUAUUCCAGUUGCGAUUUCUUUUAGAAUAACACAAAUGAGGUGCCACCAAAACAAAGAUCAUCCCUUGGUAGCUAUUUGACCUGAAAGGGUAGGAGUCUCUCCAUUCUAGGUGCCCCUUUGUUCCGAGGAACCAGUGAUGAUGGGGCCAGGUCAAUCAAGAGAGCUAACGAUAGGGCUUCUUUUUUGUGCACCAGCAUCCCCCUUCAGAGAGCAUAAGAUCCUGCCACAGUGUGCCAAGUUUGCAGCUGACCAAAAUCCUAAGUUGUACGGGAAAUAUUCUAUGCAACACUAAUCCUCGAACAAACGCAUUUCUUCUGAAUGAUGUCGAUUACCCUUCUUACAACAAAGUUGUUUCUUUUUUAAUUGCAAAUAGGGCUCUUGGUGUUUUUUACUUUUUUGUAUAUAUCACGGCACAUAAUUUUCCACUUUUUCCUUUCUUUUAUUUUUUGGAAGCAGUUUUUUUCUUAAUCUUACUGAUGACAAAGUUUGUAAUCUCUAAACAAUAUGCAAUCAGUCCAAUUCCAACACCUAUAUCUCGAAAAGCAUCUUAAUUUUCCCCACAACUUCAUUGAGUCAUCAGAAACUGGAGUUGCUUCUUGGUUCAAAAUUUGGUCCUAAAGAAACUUCUAGCUGUAGAAGCAAAAGCACAGAGUGAAUUUUUACGGAAGAUGGGGAUUUGUAGAAUGGUCAUUACAGACAUAGGUAACAGUAUAAGCAAGAAGUUGGUGUUUCCCCCCGUUUUUACUUAAGAUUAAGAAGAUUUUUGGUGACUUGGAACUCUUUCUUUACCAUUUCUGUUGAAAAGAACAGUAUGCAAGACUAAGGAGCAGUGAUUGUCUUUGUUCCUUAAUGUGCCCAUAUUGUAAGUAAUCAUACAAAUAAAUGCAUAUUUUCAGCGUAUCAGUGAAAUUAGUUCUGUGGAUCACACACAUUAAAAUAGUCAUAUUGUGGGAAUAUUAUAGCUGGUAACCAGCUGAUAUUGAUUCUUACUAUAGGAAUGGUCGUAACAAUAGUGGUGUUGGUGGUAGUUUAACACUAGAUUGGUGGUCAUGUGAAGCAAAAUAAAAUUCUAUACUACAUUGUGCCCAAUUUAUUAGAAAUUAUUUGAUUGAUGUUUCAUUUCAUUAAGAUAUCAUAAAGAUGUU